AAAAAAAAGGAUAUUUUCUCAUGUACUAUAAGAAAAAAAAAGAUAUUUUCUCAUGUACUAUUAUUCAUUGGAAUUUUUAACAUGAGUGGACAAACCUUUGCCCGCUUCUCCAAUAAUGGACUGACCUUUAAAUCUGCCCGUAUUAGACACAAGUUUAACAUUUUUCUCCCAAAAUGAACUCAAAUAACUGGUGACCUGUACAACCGGUUAUUUUUCUUUAAUUAUCUUUUUUUUUAAUUAAAAAUCUUUAAUUUUCUUUUUUAAAUUAACAAAAUAAUUUUUUUUUUAUUAAAAAAAAAAAACAGCCCCUCACCUCAUUGCCAGCCACCCCCUUCUCCACCUCUCCUCCCUUUUCGACCAUCCCCUCACUCAUUCCUCCAUCACCUUCCUCCAUCUCAUUUGCCAUGGAUGAACCAACUCAAGCUUCAUCUAUCCUCUCCAAUUUUUUUUUUUAAUUUUUUUAAUUUCAAUUUUUUUAAACUUAUUGUUGGGUUUUUUUUCCCUCUCUCCUCCCAAAGUACACCACCAUUGCUCCACCUGCACACCAUCUCCGGCAGCCCCUAACCCCAGCCCAACCAUCGAAGACCUCUUCCUCCCCUUCCCCCGCCACGAAACCACCCCUCCUCCUUCUCACCCCUCAAUCUCCCCUGCUUCCUCACUCCAAACCCACGCACGACCGUCCACAACAACCGCAAGCCACAACCACCACACUCACACUAUCUUAACCCACCGAAAUCACCAUACCAACCCACCCCACUACCACCAAGAUCCAAAAACCCACCUCCUACCUACCCGAAAACCACCCUCUCACCAACACCAAGAUUUGAAACCCACCCCACCCAUCUCGCAUUCAAACCACGAAGCUACCCCACACCCACCUUGUAACCAACACCACACCUUUCCUCCUAUCUUUCACCAUUUUUGCUUUAGAUAUGAGGUUUCAAGCUCAACAUCAAAAUAUCUUGUCUAGGGUUUCAACUUCGAAGAAGUGCCGACAUCUCCGAUGAGAAGGAGAGCAGGCGACUCUGAUUGAGAGGGAUGUGAGACUCCGAUGGUGGUCGUGGGGUAGUGGUUGUUAGAUAAGAGAGAAGAGAAGGAGAGUUAACGACAACAAGAAGGCUGGUGGUGGUGUGGUGGUUGAGAGACUCCGACGAGAAGGCCGACAACUUGAUUUGGACCGUGGUGGAGGUGUGGUGGUUGUGAGAGAAGAAAGAAGAGAGAGAAAAGUGGCGGUGGCUGAGAGGGAGGAAAGGGAAAAGGGAUCAGGAGGAAAGGGAAAUUAAAAAAAAAAAAACCUUGACCAAUGAUAAAAUGACAAGUGGCGUUUUACCUGAUAUAACAGGUUGGGUGACCUGUUUGGUCCAUUUUGGGAGAAAAAAUGCAAACUUCUAUCCAAAAUGGGAAGAUUUAAAGGUCAGUCUAUUAUUGGAGAACCGGGCAAAGGUUUCUCCACUCAUGUUAAAAAUUCCAUUUUCAUUUGCAUUUGUCUACCACUUGCAUGAUAUUUAUUAAUUUGUAUAGCUAGUUACUAGACCAAGACAUGCAUGAAUUAAACACAUUUGAUACCAUAAUAAAUCCAUAAAAAAUAAUGCUAAUUAUUCUCCUCUUCUUCCUAGCAACCCUUUCUCUUAUUUUUCUUCUUCUUACAAAGCACCAAAAAAAUGAACCAUUUCAUCCUCCAUCCGGACCUAAAGGCCUCCCCUUUAUCGGAAACUUACACCAAUUCGAUUUCUCGAAACCACACUUAUCUUUUGCAAAACUCGCUAAGAUCCAUGGCCCUAUAUACACACUGCGAUUUGGAAGUAAAAAUGUUGUUGUUAUUCAAUCAUCGACGAUGGCAAAAGAAGUCCUGCAAACGCAGGACUUAAACUUUUGCCAUCGACCUAUAUCAGUUGGCAUGCGAAGACUAAGUUAUAAUGGUUCAGACAUAAUGUUUGCGAAAGACUUUGAGUACUUCAGAGAAAUAAGAAAGAUUUCUGCUCUUCAUUUGUUUAGUGUAAAAAGAGUGCAGUCUUUUGCUCCAAUUCUUCAAGAUGAAUUUACAAGGCUUAUUCAUAAGAUUUCUUCUCUUGCUUCUGCUUCUAAAGUUGUCGAUUUGAGUGAAUUGUUGUUUCUUUCUGCGAGCUCCAAUAUAUGCAGGCUUGCCUUUGGUAGGAGUUAUGAAGAGGAAGAAGAAUUUGAAAGAAGGAGAUUUCACAGCCUCUUUAAUGAAUUUCAGGCCAUGUCGACGGCCUUCUUCAUCGCUGAUUAUUUCCCCUCCAUUGGCUGGCUUGAUAAGCUGACCGGAAAAUACUCUAGGCUUGACAAGGUGUUCAACGACUUGGAUUUAUUUUAUGAGGAGAUUAUUGACGAGCAUCUUGACCCAAAUCGACUCGAAUCUGACCAAAAGGAUGUCAUUGAUGUUCUGCUAAACCUUAUGAAAGCGCGUAACCUUUCAUUUGAGCUAACCUUGGAUCACAUUAAAGCAAUUCUUAUGAAUAUAUUCGUAGCAGGAACAGAUACGAGUACAAUCAUGGUCAUUUGGGCAAUGACUGAGCUAAUCAAGAACCCAACAAUCAUGAGUAAAGUACAAGAAGAGCUUCGGAAUAAUUUAUCCGACAGUAAGGGUUGUAUCACAAUGGACAAUCUUUUAAAGUGUAAAUACUUUAAGGCAGUAGUGAAAGAAACAUUAAGAUUUCACCCUGCAGCUCCAGUAACAUUUCGAGAAACACUUAAAAAAAGCAACAUAGAAGGGUACGAUAUUCUACCUAAAACUCACAUAUACGUGAGCAUAUGGGCUCUUGGAAGAGAUCCCGAACAUUGGGAAAACCCGGAAAAAUUCAUGCCCGAGAGGUUUAUGGAGAGUUCAAUUGAUUAUAAAGGGAACGACUUCGAACUUAUUCCAUUCGGGGCUGGUAGAAAAAUAUGCCCGGGAAUGGUUCUUGGUGUAGCUAGUUAUGAGCUUGCACUUGCCAAUUUGUUGUAUAAUUUUCAAUGGGAAUUGCCUAAUAGUAUGAGCAAGGACGACAUUGACACUGAUACGUUGCCUGGUCUUGUGAUGAGUAAGAAAGAUCCACUUUGUCUUUUGGCUAGGAAAUUCACAUAGUUUGUUAUGGUUUAAGUGGUUUGAUCCCGCCACCCAAAGUCGGCCUUCGCCACAAAAUGAUGAGACAGCCGGAAAGGUGGAGGCCGGGGUGGCUCAGCUUGAGAAGAACUACAUACUAUUUUUUGUAAAAUAUAUAUAAGUCACGAAAUGUAGUUGAAGUCGAGUAUGUGAAUUGUGCAUACUAUUGAUAUGUUGUACUUAAAACAAAAUUAUAUAUAUAAAAAAUCUUUUAGCUUAUG